GCGUGACGUGAGGCGGCCCCGGAAGGGCGGGGUUGGGGAGGGGUGGCGGGGCCGGUCAGGGCCGAGCCUCCGGGUCCCGUCCCCGGUCCCGCCUCCCGUGUUCCGCCGCCAUGACGCUCGCCGUCUUCUUCGGGUGCACCUUCAUCGCCUUCGGGCCGGCCCUCGGCCUAUUCCUCUUCACCAUCGCCCGCGACCCGCUGCGCAUCAUCAUCCUCAUCGCCGGGGCUUUCUUCUGGCUGGUGUCGCUGCUGUUCUCCUCCCUCAUCUGGUUUAUUGCAGUUAAAGCCAGCGACCCCCGGGAUGAGCCAUUGCAGAAGGGGCUCUUGAUAUUUGGAGUGAUGUUCUCUGUGCUGCUGCAGGAGGCAUUCCGAUUCCUCUACUACAAGCUCCUCAGGAAGGCCAUAGAGGGGCUGGUGGCCCUCAGCGAGGAUGGCUGCUCCCCCAUUUCCAUCCAGCAAAUGGCAUAUGUGGCUGGUGUGGGCUUUGGGCUCAUGAGCGGCGCCUUCUCCAUGAUCAAUCUUCUGGCAGACGCAUUAGGGCCUGGCACCGUGGGCAUCCAUGGGGACUCGCAACUCUACUUCCUGACCUCAGCUUUUAUGACCAUGGUGCUGAUUUUCCUUCACACCUUCUGGGGGAUCCUCUUCUUCCACGGCUGUGAGCAUCGGCGCUGGUGGGAGAUUGCAGCAGUCGUUGUCAUGCACCUCGCUGUUUCGGGGUCGACAUUUUGCAACCCCCUGUACGUGGGCAGCCUGGUGCCCUCCUACCUGCUGAUGGCUGCUGCAGCUGCCUGGGCUUACCUGCUCUCGGGGGGAUCUGCGCAGAACCUGCGGCGCUUCCUGCUCUGUCUACAGAGCGGAGCCAGUCCCCACCUGGAAUCCUGAGGCCCCACGGGAUGUUCCUGUCCCCAGUCACCCCUGCCCUCCCCUCCAUCCUGGUGGCAAGAGUGGCUGUUACCUUCUCUGCAAUACCUUUUCUCCUGGACUGGGAGACCCUGGCCAGUCCCUGCAGGGCAGGCGCUGGGGUCCGGCUGUGGCAGCCAGCCAAUCUGUGUGGCUGGCUCGCUUCAGCGCCUCUUUGGGAGCCCCCAGAAAACCGCUUAGUGUUGGGGAACUCAGCUUUGCUGGCCCUGCCACAAGCGGAGCCCCAGUUAGCCUGCCUGGGAAUGAUGCUACAUUGGACUGCCAGAGGCCUGAGCCCAAAGAAACCCAUCGCUACUCCCCCACUGCAGAAGAUGUGCUGUCCCCUGUGCCAGGGCAGGGGUCAGCCCUGCAUUGCCUCCUUGCCACAGAGUGGAGGAAGCGGCUUUGCCAAGUGCUGCUGUGCUCUGGGUUGGAGCUGACCACUGUGGUGCUGCUACUUUCUCCACCUCUUUGCCCAGCCUCACUGCCCUGGGAGCCACAACCCUGGCACUGGACUGCAGUAGCUGCAGUGAGCCAGCAUCUGGUGCAGUGCUGGGGGAUCUAAGGGGUCUGACAGCACCCUCAACAGGAGGAUGGGGAAAAGAUGGUACCCAAAGGACCUAGGGGACAUGGAGGGUGGUGGAGGGCUCAGGGGAUGGAACCCCACAGCUGGUGCCGGCACAGCUGGGAUAGGGGGUUCAAGGGGUCAUUCCAGUAGACCAUUGCUCUGUCCGGCACUUAAAAGGGGAUUUUCAGGCCACAGGGCUGCGAGGGAGAAACUGCCGUUGGGCUCAGGGCUGAGAAGGCAGUUUAUCCACAGUGGGCUUUUAUACCAAUAAAAAGAAAUACCACAGGCAA